CUGGUGGUGGUGCUUCUGAUCUACGCGGUUCUCUUCCUGCCCGGCGCCGUUUGGGCCUUCGUGCCCGGGGCCAAGAGCAUCCACGCCUUCCACAACACCUCCGUGAUCCUGCUCUACUGCAGCCCCCUGGCCGACCUCACUCUGUACGUCUUCAUCAGGAAGGGCGUCGUGGACCAGCUCCUGGCUUUCCUGUGCUGCUGCAAGAUGUCGGGCAAACAGGAAACGAGCAGCGUUACCAACGACAACGCGUCCACGUCGUGCAUCGAGACUCUGUAG